UUCCUUUCUUUUUUUUUUUUUUCCCUUCCUCUUCUUCCUCUCCUUCUCUUUCGUCUCUUACUUACUCUCUUUCUCUCCUCGUCUGCCCCCUGUGGACUCCUUUUCUGUCCUGAGCGUCUCCCAGCGACUUGUUCAAGCGACGACGCUUAUCAUUCCAGCUUCUUAUCGGUCCAUACCAAAUACGUCAUGCAACGCUUCUCGACCGUGGGCCAUUAAAUUCCCAAAGUCAGUCAUACGAUUACCGUUCAGGUAUAUACAUACAUACAAACAACUACAUUCCAUACGGCGUACCCUCCGCUCUCGUCUUCGGCCCUUUCCCACUCCUCCACACUACGUCUCUGUUCCCAUACAGUACAUCUUGGGAAUCUUGAAGCUUUUCGCAUCGUUCUUCCUGGCUGAAUGGAGUCCAGUCCUCAAUAUCUACAAAAUGGGUUGUUGCUUGUCCACUGCGCGUGACAACCGCUCCGCAUAUGCGACCCAGACAGCCACCGAAGAGCGCCGUCCGGAUGCGUCCGCUCGUGGGGUGAAUUCAACCGCCGCCGCCACUAUCCCUUCUAACUCGGCGCGUGUCGUCAUUCGUGCCUCCCCGGAUCAUCUCCCGCUGAAUGAGAAUUUCAACGCCCCUAUCCGCCGUCGUGUCUGGUAUAGCAAGCGCCGACUGUGGAAUCGUGCGCAGCUGGAUCAGGAGCGCAAGGAGUUCUUCGAGACGCGGGUGACGGGCAAACCUGAGAUCUGGGCCGCGCUGUCUGCGGCGAUCUCGCUCAUGCAGACGGGUGAUCUCACCACGGCUCAGGGUAUCAUUGACGCUGCCGGAGUGACGGUGCCUACGGGUGAUCUGUGUCAGGGUGUCUACGAUGAGCAAGGGGUCCUCUAUAGAUUACCACAGUGUAUUGUGAGCGAUCCAGAGAACUUGGUGAAAUCCAACCUCGGAGAGGAUGAUUUCGACACCGACGACGGCAAGUUGUCAUUGGACGAGGAAUCGGGAGACGAACUUAUCGCAGACGAUGCCGAGCGUCGCAGAGAUGAAAAGGGCAAGCUCAGCGAGCGGGAUUUGAUCCGCGUGAAAGCACGACUAAGCGAUAGGGGCGGGCCUGACAUGGUCGUGACCGUCGGCAAAACGCAGAAUGUUGCUUAUGUCGCACGCAAAUUGCAACAGGAAGCCGAGAUCCCCAAAACACAGCGAAUAAAAAUCGCCUACUUGGGCAAAAUCCUCAAGGAACAUUUACCCCUAGUCGACCAAGGAUGGAAACAAGGCAAUGUGAUCAACGCAUUGGUUGUCGCACGGCCAUCUCCAUCAUGCUAGUCGCCAUUCCAUCGAUUAUUGAAAUCCCGUGGAACUCUUCCCGAAUCGGAGAUUGAUACAAUCUGCGAGACAUUUCAGCCAUUUAACGACUACCAACCACCAUUACGAUAUCCCCUAGUCUAUUGUUUAAUUUGCAUAAUACCCCAUGUUUAUCUGUUUCAUCACCUAUGUCCACUAACAUACCUACUUCCCUGGCUCAGAUGUACCUGUUUUCAGGUUGCUCAGUUUGGCUGAUAGCCACCUCCUUCCUGGCCACGGCAUUAUGUGAUACGUCACAGUAUGUAUUUGACUGCAGCUGUCAAUCAUAGGAAUAGUCUAAUUAAAUGAAAUGUGAGUGUCUGUGUGGCAUUCAAUAUAUGAAUCUAG